ACAGCUGGGAUCGAACCAGCUUCGUCUAUAAAAUCAAGCUGGAAUCGCUUCACAGCGGUAUACCAUGGAGAAAGACCCCUCAACCCCUCUUUUCAUUCUAAUCCCAAUGAUCCUUCAUCAUGAAGUGCAACCAGAUCAUCUCGAGUUACCUCCACUCCACAAUGCCAUCCCCCCUACCGGUCGGGACUUCCUCCAAGAUGCAAAUGACCGUCAACUCGCUCCUAUGGAAACAGACGCAGGCUAUCCAAGCCCGUCCAAACACUCCGACCGAUCCGCAAAAGCCAAGCCCUUGCAUCAUGGACCUGGUCAAGUGUCCGGAAGAGUUCCUCAAGCACAACUCCAUCGAGUCCGGCAUGAUCUUCGACGGCGCCAAAACGAACGGUCGUCUACCGCGUUACGCCAAAUUGAUCGACAUAUCGACUGACCAUGACGAUGGGAAACAUUACAACGUUAUGUUUCACGAGAAGUCGAGCAGAUAUGCCAUUCCUGCCGCCUUCCUCUGCGCGAACGCGGACGACCAGAACCCCCGUUCACCCGCAUAUAUCGACAUCCCCAUCUCGGACCCGACCGAGAAAUUCAUCUUCACGCCGGAGCUGAACGGCUCGUCGAUCAUCGUCACCAAGAAGGAUGACCUGACGUAUCGCGUAUUUCACGAUAGUCGCAUCUGCAGCUCGGUGCUGUACGACAACGUCGUGCUGGCCAUCGACUACUGCGAAUACGGCGACGAGUAUGAUAAGGACGCUCGACACCGGAAGGACCUCGCCACGGCGUGUCUGCACUACGAGAGCCCAAAGACAGACGGUGAGCGAGGCCACUGGGCUGUCUACUGCCAGUACCUUCAGGAGGCAGGCAGCUGCCAGCGCUCGUUGAGGUUCAACGGCUGCGAAUCGCCUGUGCAGAAAAUGAAGUCCUACCAGGCGCCGCAGGUCGCGCGGAUACGGGACGAAUUUAACCGCUUCGUCAGGGCCGAAGGCGAGGCUGCCCUGAAUCAACCGCUCCCGUUUAUCCAGGACGGGACAUUCGAGGUCAUCACGGACACGGAUGCCAUGUUGACCAACCCAGCCGUGGCUUCGACGGAACGGCUACGACUGUAUCUGAAGCCGUACGGGGACAUGCUCAAGAGCUCUAUUAAGGACGCCAAGGCCAACAAAAGCCUCGCCGGCAACGUUGACGUGAAGAUAUUGCUCGAAGACAAAGUCCAACGACUUGAAAAAGACCUGCGACAUUACGACUACCUCAUCCGCAUCAGUGAAAGACUUGACUACACCUAUCUCUGGCUGAGACAGAAACGAAUCGUCAAUCCCCUGGAAGCUCCCCGCGUCUCUCUUCCAAUGUUAACAAUUUGA